UCGGGGGUGGGCUUCUGGUUUCGCGCCUGCGCAUUCGUGCUCUCGCCCCACGCCGGUUCCGCGUCCUCUCAGUGCGUUAUCUCCGCGCCUGGCCCGAGCGGUCUCAAGUCUCACCGAGCUGUGGGCUGUCGCCGUCGCCGCCGCGAUGGGAAAAACCGCGGACUCUCGGGCUACGGGAGCCCGGCCCGACCCGGUGCGGAGCUUCAAUCGUUGGAAGAAGAAACACAGUCACAAGCAGAGCCAAAAGAAGCAGUUGAGGAAGCAGCUGAAGAAACCCGAGUGGCAGGUCGAGCGCGAGGUUAUCAGCCGCCUCAUGCAGAAUUACGAGAAGAUAAAUGUAAAUGAAAUUACAAGAUUUUCAGAUUUUCCCUUGUCCAAAAAAACACUGAAAGGUUUGCAAGAAGCCCAGUACCGUUUGGUAACUGAGAUACAGAAGCAGACCAUUGGGUUGGCUUUGCAAGGUAAAGAUGUUCUCGGGGCUGCCAAGACUGGAUCUGGCAAGACUUUGGCCUUUCUUGUUCCAGUGCUGGAAGCCUUGUAUCGCCUGCAGUGGACCUCAGCAGAUGGGCUGGGGGUUCUGAUUAUAUCACCUACAAGAGAACUGGCCUAUCAGACAUUUGAGGUUCUCCGAAAAGUAGGGAAGAAUCAUGACUUUUCAGCUGGCCUCAUCAUCGGUGGAAAGGAUCUGAAGCAUGAAGCUGAGAGGAUCAAUAACAUAAAUAUACUUGUUUGCACACCGGGUCGGCUUCUUCAACACAUGGAUGAAACAAUAUGUUUUCAUGCUACCAAUCUCCAAAUGUUAGUUCUUGAUGAAGCAGAUAGAAUCUUGGAUAUGGGCUUUGCUGACACCAUGAAUGCUAUUAUUGAAAACCUUCCCAAGAAACGUCAGACUUUGCUUUUCUCAGCUACACAAACCAAAUCUGUAAAGGACCUUGCACGCUUGAGUUUGAAAAAUCCUGAGUAUGUUUGGGUUCAUGAAAAGGCAAAAUACAGCACCCCUGCUACUUUGGAACAGAACUACAUAGUUUGUGAGCUGCAGCAAAAAAUAAGUGUGCUGUAUUCCUUUUUGAGAAGCCACCUGAAGAAGAAAAGUAUUGUAUUUUUCUCCAGUUGUAAAGAGGUUCAGUAUCUGUACCGAGUGUUCUGCCGGCUGCGUCCUGGUGUUUCCCUCCUUGCCCUGCAUGGGCGACAGCAGCAGAUGAGAAGAAUGGAAGUCUAUAACGAAUUUGUUCGCAAGAGAGCUGCAGUGCUCUUUGCUACUGAUAUUGCAGCCAGGGGACUGGAUUUCCCGGCUGUAAAUUGGGUUCUUCAGUUUGAUUGCCCAGAAGAUGCCAACACAUAUAUUCACAGAGCGGGGAGAACUGCCAGGUACAAAGAGGAUGGUGAAGCUUUAUUAAUUUUGCUUCCCUCAGAAGAAAAAGGGAUGGUGCAGCAGCUUCUUCAGAAGAAAGUGCCUGUGAAGGAAAUCAAAAUCAAUCCAGAAAAACUUAUAGAUGUUCAGAAAAAAUUGGAAUCGUUUUUAGCUCAAGAUCAAGAUUUAAAAGAAAGAGCUCAAAGGUGUUUUGUCUCCUACAUACGUUCAGUGUAUCUGAUGAAGGAUAAAGAAAUAUUUGAUGUGAGCAAGUUACCUAUACCUGACUAUGCCCUGUCUCUUGGUCUUGCUGUGGCACCACGGAUAAGAUUUCUUCAGAGAAUGCAAAAGCAACCCAGCAAGGAACUGGUAGUGAGUGAAGAUAAUAAAGUAAUUGAGCCAAGGGCUCCUUCCCUCACCAAUGAUGAAGUGGAAGAAUUUAGAGCCUACUUCAAUGAAAAAAUGUCUAUUCUUCAGAAAGGUGGGAAGAGACCAGAAGGGACAAAUUACAGACUGGCUAGUGGCAUUAGUGAUAAAGAGGAAGAAGAGAAAGAAGAAGAUGGUAAAGAAGAAAUGGUCGGGAAACUGAGAAGAGCAAAAGGAUCUCCACUUGAGUCUGUCCCUAGCAGUGAAGAGUCCCAGAAGGACAGGGAAACCCCUGUGCAGUUCUUGGACAGAGAUGACGAGGAGGACGACGAUGGCCUCGAGACUGACUUCUUUAAAGUGAAGCGGCACAACGUGUUUGGGUUGGAUCUUAAAGAGAAUAAAACACUGCAGAAGAAAGAACCUUCUAAAUCCAGUGUGAAGAAAAAAGUGACCAAGAUUGCAGAAGCAAAAAAAGUAAUGAAGAGAAAUUUUAAAGUAAAUAAGAAAAUAACAUUUACUGAUGAAGGAGAGUUGGUUCAGCAGUGGCCACAAGUGCAGAAAUCUGUUUCCAAGGAUACUGAGGAAGAGGAUGAUGCUGGUGGUAUCAACCUAGAUAAAGCAAAGGAAAGGCUUCAAGAAGAGGACAAAUUUGACAAAGAAGAAUAUAGGAAGAAAAUUAAGGCAAAGCAUCGGGAAAAAAGACUGAAAGAAAGGGAAGCCAGAAGAGAAGCCAGUAAGAGACAAGCAAAGGCUAGAGAUGAAGAGGAAGCCUUUUUGGAUUGGAGCGAUGAUGAUAAUGAUGGAUUUGAUCCAAGCACACUUCCAGAUCCAGAUAAGUACAGAAGCUGUGAAGAGUCAGAUAGUGAAGAUAUGGAAAAUAAAAUCAGUGAUAUCAAGAAGAAGCAGACAAUGAGGAAAAGGAACAACAGUGAAGUAGAAGACGUGGGACCAGCAAGUCGUGACAGAAAGAAAACCAAGUGGGAAACCUUAGAACCUUUGGAUACGGGCCUGUCUUUAGCUGAGGACGAAGAACUGGUGUUACAUCUGCUCAAAAGUCAAAGCUAGAUUGUUCCUGCUCUUGUCUUCUCCUUUAAACCUCUGGUCAUGAUUAUGUGGACAAGAAAUUGAAAAAAACAGUAGGUUUGGGGGCACUUAAGUAACAUGAGUCCCAUGUCUAGAGGGCCCAUUCUUCAGACAGGAGUGACCAUGUCUCUAAGCCCCUUUCACGGGCUGUGCUUGAAGCAUCCCAGAGGAAACUCACAGUGACAGUGGAUUAUAAAAUUUCCUGAUCCUGUUUUCCAGCAUGUGCUCUGUUAGAUUCUAUCCAGGGGUUCCUACAUCUAUCAUUGGAAAUGCUUCCUGUGUUUUACUGGCAAGUUCUGAAGACCUUGUUUCAUUGUUAGAGGUUCCUGUCUCGCUUACCAUACAGAAGUUUCUCUGUGAUAUUAAACAAAAUUGCUCACAAUUUUGAUAUAUUUAAUAUCUCUAAAGAGUAUGAUGGACCAGCCCUGAGAAAAAAUGAAUAUUUUUGAAUUGUCACGAUCAAUAAUAAACAUAUUUCCUAUAAAAUGAAA